UAUAUUCUCGUGGCAUUUUCCCCUUAUUAGGAAUCUGCUCGCGAUCCCCAGUUAUUGUCUUGACUCUUGCUCUCCCAUUUUAUUUUACUAUUAAUAAGUUUCAAUUAGUGAUCUUUCCCAUAUGCUUGUUGGAUCAUAAAAACGCUUUAGCCCACCAACAUGAAUAUAUUAAUCAUUUAAUCUUCUUCAAAUCAUAUUUAACUCUGAUCCAGCACCAACCUAAACACACUGCCAUUUCUGAUGAGUGAAAGUGCAUUUAAUGUCAUCUGGGUUUGAUUUGAAAGCUACCUGAAGGGACCGUUGACGUUGGAUUCAGUGUGGCCUUAAGUGAUUGAACCAUUUUUUUUUUGUGGGAAUUCUGGUGUUAUGGAGGCUUAUAAGAGAUGGAUUAGGAGGAAUAAAGAUUUUGUGCGUCAAUUCGAUUCUCUUGUCAAUAAUUUGACAUGGUUCCUCCCAGAUGAGUUUGCUGAAUCAGAAAUCGGGCCAGAAGCAGUAUCAUCCACCGUAGGAAUGAUUACUACCAUGAAUGAAUACAUAAUAGAGACAAGUCCAACCGAUGAGCAUACGAGAUGUGCAGAGUCUUCUUUUGUUCCUUUAUCAUUGUGCCUUACUUUGCUGAAAGACUUGGAGACAACGAUUGAGGUUGUGGCUGAGCAACUCUAUGGUGAAAAGAACAAAUGGAAUUUGAUUGCUGUUACUGAGGCUGUCAAGGCUUGUAUUAGGCUGGUUAUCUUCAGGAAGACUGAGUACAAAAUGCUUUUGCAAGGAGGGGAGACUGAAAUUGCAGAAAAUGAUUCUGAUUCUUUAAGUCCCCAAGAAACGAAGAGGCGGCUUGAUAAGCCUAGACGGAAUGGAGAGUCUGGUAUCUCAAAUGGGCAGAACCCUGGGAAUCUUCAAGGUAGGGCAAUAUCCGCUUUGAGCAGCUUUGGCAAGAAUGCGAUAAUGGAGCACCCUCAGGCAAUAAUGGAACCUCCAAGUAAAGUAGUUGAGAAACCUAGUCUACAGACUUUCUUAUCUGAGAAAGGUAUUCUUGGAAGCUUCUUUGUGACGGGGGAGAUUUUCUUCAUCAUAAGGCCUCUUAUUUAUGUACUAUUGAUGAGGAAAUAUGGGACACGGUCGUGGUUUCCCUGGUGCAUUUCACUGGCUUUGGACCUAAUUGGGAAUAGCAUUCUCUCAGUUACAUUGAUGUCUCAAAAUAGCGGGAACAACCAUCGACUUCAGUUUUCUGACUCUGAGAAAGAUGAGUUAAAAAGGCGAAGAAUGUUAUGGGCAUUGUACCUCAUGCGAGAUCCAUUUUUUACCAAGUAUACCAGGCAAAGACUUGAAAGCACUCAAAGGCUAGUGCAACCUAUUCCCAUUCUUGGAUUUGUUGCAGAAAAAUUAAUUGAAAUUCUUAUUGGAGUCCAGACGCGUUACACAUACAUAUCUGGUUCAUAACAGGGAAGCUAUGAGGAGAAACUUGUGUAAUUUGUAGGCUCAUCUACAUUAAUAUUUGCAAUCAAUCUCUUUAUUCCUUUUCUUGA